AUGACUGUGGCAGCUGGAGCAGAGGGCACCUCGUCCGGUAACGACCUCACGGUCUUGGCCCCCACCUCGUCCAACGAGGUGCUGGUGGCGGCCGACGAGAUGCUCUGCAUGCAACCCAGCUGCCUUCCCCAUGGCCGGCCUGAACCCUCCCUGGUGCCAGCUACAGCACGCGAUAACAUCAGCGUGUCUGUGCUGCCUGCACCCCAAGAUGGCGACACCCCCGAGGGAUCCCGCGGGGCUGUGCCCGGGACCCCCUCCCCGGAUGAAGCCCGAGGCACGGCGCGGGUCGCCGUGCCGGAGCUGACGGGAGCCGCGCAGGCGGCGGCGGGGCCGCUAAACCAACCACAACGCUGGGAGUACACUGGGGUGGAGGGCACCUCGUCCGGCAACGACCUCACGGUCUUGGCCCCCACCUCGUCCAACGAGGUGCUGGCGGCGGCAGACGAGAGGCUCUGCUCCCAACCCAGCUGCCUUCCCCAUGGCCUGCCGGAACCCUCCCCGGUGCCAGCCACAGCACGAGAAAACAUCAGCGUGUCUGUGCUGCCUGCACCCCAAGAUGAUGACCCCCGCGAGGGAUCCCGCGGGGCUGUGCCCGGGACCCCCUCCCCGGAUGAAGCCCGAGGCGCGGCGCGGGUCGCCGUGCCGGAGCUGACGGGAGCCGCGCAGGCGGCGGACCCAACCACGACUGUGGCGUGCGGAGCAGAGGGCACCUCGUCCGGCAACGACCUCACGGUCUUGGCCCCCACCUCGUCCAACGAGGUGCUGGUGGCGGCCGACGAGUGGCUCUGCACGCAACCCUGCUGCCUUCCCCAUGGCCGGCCGGAGCCCUCCCCUGUACCAGCCACAGAGAACAUCAGCGUGUCUGUGCCUGCACCCCAAGAGGAGGACGACGGCAUUCCGGCGGCACGGCUCUCGUUGUUUGCACCGGAGCGGCUGAACCUCCGGUGGGAGAGCGACGUCUGCAAGGGUGCCGGCCUGCGCAACCUGGGGAACACCUGCUUCCUCAACGCCACGCUGCAGUGCCUCGCCUACACGCCGCCGCUCGCCAACUACCUGCUGCUGCAAGAGCACUGCAGCACCUGCCAACAAAGCGACUUUUGCCUGAUGUGUGUCAUGGAGCAUCACAUUGUCAGCACGUUCAACAACUCGCAGAGAGUGCUGACACCCAAGGUCAUAACUAAGAACAUCACACGCAUUGCCAAACACCUGCGCAUUGGGAGACAGGAAGAUGCCCACGAGUUUCUGCGAUACGUGGUAGAUGGCAUGCAAGCCUCAUGCCUCUAUGGCCACAGCGAGCUGGACAGAUACACGGAGGCUACCACCCUCAUUUACCAGAUCUUCGGGGGUUACCUUCGAUCACGUGUGGAGUGCAUGCAGUGCUGCAACCACUCCGACACCUUUGACACGUGCCUGGACAUUGCACUCCAUAUUAAUAACUCAUCAGAUCUUGUGGAGGCAUUUGAAGAGUUUUUUAACAAGGAGACGCUGGACGAAUACACCUGCGGAAUGUGCUGCUGCAAGGGGGAAGCGACGAAGACGAUGGCUCUCCACCGCCUGCCCAACGUCCUCACCGUCUCCAUCAAGCGGUACAACCUCUACGGCGUCAAGAUCAACCGGAACAUCACCUACCCGGAGCACCUGGACAUGCAACCCUUCACCUCAACGUCUCAGGGCGAGCCCGCGAUCUACUCCCUGUACUCGGUGCUGGUGCACAAGGGAGCCAACUCCAACAGGGGUCAUUAUUAUUGCUACAAUAAGAUCAGCGAUGGACAAUGGUGCUGCAUGAACGACUCCAACGUGCGGCAUGUCGACACCAAGGCUGUGAUGAAUAAGCAGGCCUACGUGCUCUUCUAUAUUCGGUCCCCAGAAUUGAACGCGCCGCCAGCGGAGAGCUACUGCCCGCUGGAGCACGUCAAGGCGACGUCCUGGUCGUGCCUUAAGCGGCCCCACUCGGCGAAGGAAGACCCCGGACCCAGUUACCGGACAGCAGCUCUCCUCACCGGCGCGCAAGAAACCCAAGAUGUCGGACCGCCCCAACGGGAACAACUGCCGGAGCCACUGCAAGUGCGACGGCAGGAACAGCAGCAGCAGCAGCUACCGGCAACGCCAGACACGCAACAGCCGUUGCCGCUAGUCCCAGAGCAGCCACCACCACCACCCCGAUCUCACAGCAGCCGCUGCCAUUCCACCAGCAACCACCGCCAGUCCUACAGCAGCCACCACCACCACCGCCGCAGGUCUCAUAGAAGCCGCCGUCAGCACCACAGCAGCUGCUGCCACCGCGUGUCCCACAGCAGCCAGUCCAACAGCAGCCAGUCCAACAGCAGCCAGUCCCACAGCAGCCAGUCCAACAGCAGCCAGUCCAACAGCAGCCACCGCCACCAGUCCCACCACAGCCACCGCCACUCUGGUCGCACAGCAGCCACCACCGGUGUAACAACUGGCACUCGCCCCACCAAGAUAAGUCGCUGGUUAAAAUCCAUGAUCACGAGGUCUUGGAAGAGGAAGUCGUCAAAUAUGAAGUUAGAUAAACCUGCCGCUUACACUUUGACCGUAACGCGUUUGGUGGCGACGCGCUUCUUGCCGGGCCCAAUCCAGGGCGGCGUGUGA